UCUGGUCUAAGGGUGAUGCAUGUCUAAGUAACAUCCACAUGAGAGUACAAAAGUUUCCCAGCGGAACAUUGUGUUGUCACAAGAUAGUCAGUAUUAUUUAAUGUUUUAAUAUUAUUGGUUGAUCAGUGUAUGUCUUAGGAGAUCACUGAGGUGACGUUGUACUGUGCAGAUGCUCUUUAUUAUAACUUUUGCUUGUAUUUUGAGAUGGAAGCUCGGCAUCCUGAUCCUUCGACAGCCUCUGUGGGGCCUUUAAUUGUGUUGUGUAUUGUCCUCGGUAGAUGAAAUCAUUGCGUUUGAAUUACGAGCGCUGCUGAAGUCUUCUCGUCUUGUCAGAUUUAACAUUUAAGCUGAAAGGUCAGCGUUGACAUUGGCAACAAAAGUUGGCAACAACCUCUCCUCACAGCACACAGAGCAGCUGCAGAGUGUUAGAUCGAUCAAAUGCGUUUGUUUUGCCAACAGAUAUAAGAUGCUAUUUUAACUUCCUACGUUUCUUUGAAAGGUACGUAUCACGGGAUGGCGUUGUUUAUCAGCAGAAAGAGAGCGUUAAGUCAGAAACAUAGGAAAAGCGACGGCACUGUGGCGUGAAAACAAAGAGAUCUCAAGGACAAAUCAGUGUUGCCGAAGCUUUCUCAACAUCACAGUCACUCGCGGGGGGUGGGGACUCAAAGGAAACUCAACACCUCCGUUGGCUUCAAGUAACGACAACCGAAAGCAGCACACCUCUCUUCUCCCACUUUCAUCCCCGUCCCUGUGAAAAACUUCUGCUUUCCAUGUCUCUGAUUACCUCAGAGGAAGCCGGCGAGACACCAGCCCGGUUGCCAUGGCAACAGAUGCAGAUUUGAAUACCCCUGAUGUGUGGUAAUGCUCUGUGUGAAUUAGUCUGCAUACUCUAUGAAUGAAGGACCAACAUGGAGCAGCAGCAUGUGCAGUGGGAACAACUGGUCACAGCAGGAGCUGAGAGAGGUUCUCUGAUGGCCGGCCACUGCCUCGCCGGAGUUCAAGUGUCACACAAGCUCAGGAUGGAGUGCAGCACUCCCUCAAAACCAAACACUCUCCUGAAUAUAAAUGAUUCAUGCAUCUCUGAGACAACACUCUCAGCUUAUAAUCAAUCUCUGGGGAAUACUGUCAUAUUUAAUAUACAGGCCCAGAUGACGCAACUUCAGCACCGUGCAUAUAUUGUGUGUGCGAGUGUGCUCGUCUCCUGCUGAAUUAAUUUACCCCGAGGUUGUUACUGCACAAGAAAUCUUGGUCCCACCUUACUGAAUAAUGAUGGCCGUGGAGACUCUGAAAACGUGGCCCCCGGGCUUUGGGGUGCGUUGCUUUGUGAUUUGUGGCUUGUUUGUGAAGUUUGUCUGCUUCUGUUUUUUCUUCCGUCAAACUUGAAUUUGUGACUUUUUAUUUGAUGAACAGAGACUUGGAUGAGCAGCCGGUUUAAUGACUUCCCCGUCAUCAGAAUGUGUCACGGGGAAAUGGUACGUUUUCGGCAUUAAUCACAAAAUGAAACCAAAGCAGAUUUUGCAUACGAUUCACUCAUAACAAAAUAAAUCCUAAUUAAAGUUGCAAAAAUGAGCUUAAUCCCCAUCAGCUAUAAAUUAUAAGUUUUGCUUCAAUAUUUAUGCAUCAGACAUAUUAAUCCUGGGAUUAAUGCAGAUGUAAUGUAAAACACUGUGUAAUUGAAUGAUAGAUUCUGACUUAUAAUAUAUAGUAUAAUACUUUCACUUAAGGCAAAACUUUUUAACUUUUAUCAGAACUUUCCACCCACAAACUUUAUAAGCAAUUCAACACCAUCACUCAACUUAAUGUACUCGGAUGUUCUGCUGGUACAAUUUGUAGUGUACAUGCAUAUGGCCAGCCAAGUGAGAGCUCUUUUUUUGUCACAGGCAUUUGUCAAAGCCAGAGUGUCUCUGACUGCCGGGGGGCUGGUUACAUUGUGCACCUCUCCUGAGAGCAAAGCUGCUGCUUUAAAGCAAUUACAAUCAUCUAGAAAGGCACAAAUCUGCCAGUGGACACGGUGGCAGGUUUUGCUCUUAAAAGGCAUCACAUCAAAGGAAAAUCUCCAUCCCGCCAACUCUCGGCUUCCAGUUUCAUCUUCCUCCAGCUCCAGCAAGGUUUUCAGGCUUUACGUGAGGAGUGUCCUUGGAGAAAAUUGAAAAGAGACUACAGGGAAAGCAUCAGAGACGCACGGGGAAGCAAUGCAUUGGCAGAGUUGUGACCAGGGAGACUGCGUGUGUCUGUGUGUGUGUUCAUUCUCCAUCUGGAAACUUGCCCUUGUAUGAGCUAAUUAGAUUUUUUAAAAAUGAGAAAUUCCCAGUUAAUUCAUCACUUCGCCAAACAGGCGGUGUCUCGAUUAUCAUAUCGCUCAUGUUCUGACGAUGCGCAUGCGCAAUCAGCUCGUCACCCCCAUCGAGCGCCAACUGAGCUCAAUCUUAAAACCGCGAGCAGCCGCGGACAGAUCAUCGGUUUAUUGGAGAGUCUGGCGCACGCUGAGCUCCGCGGGGACAGCGUCUGCACCCUGGGAAACAUUUGUAAUUCUACAGGAAAAAGACUGAUGGUGAUGAGUUCAUCAGCUCCCGUCCUUUUUUUUUUCUUUUUUUCUCAGAAGCGUCUCUCAUUUUGACCAACGAGAUUAGGAUGAAAGGGUGAAAGUUGGAUUUGUCAAUCAGUAACAUGAUCUAAUCCAAAACUCUGAUUUAAACGGGGAUGCCAGUUGCUCAAGUUUGAAGUCGAAAAGAGUCCAGCGGUGAGGAUGCGUGCAGUCUGGAUAUUUCUCCUGUUCAUUAAGGGGGGAUUUGCAGUGGCCGCAAAGAUUAAAGAUGGAGGUGCUGGAUCGAAAGGAGCUAUUACAUCUCCAAGACCACAGAAUCCACGUCACUGUGGAAACUGGGUACGAAACAUAGAUGGAGGCACCUUCAGUUCCCCAAACUACCCGAAUACGUACCCUCCUAACAAGGACUGCCUGUACAUACUGGAAGCCCUGCCACGCCAGAGGAUUGAGCUGGUGUUUGCCGACGCCUUCCACAUCGAGGCGUCGUUCAAGUGUCGCUUCGACAACAUCGAGGUGCGGGACGGCCCCUUCAGCUUUUCGCCGCUCAUCAAUCGCUUCUGCGGCACGGCCAGUCCCGGGCUCGUCCUCUCGAGCGGACGCUUCAUGUGGAUUCGAUUCUACAGUGACGAGGAGCUGGAGGGGGCCGGCUUCCUGGUCCAGUACAGCUUUACUGCAGACCCUGAAUUUCAUCUGCACGUGGGAGGACUGUUAAACCCCAUCCCAGAUUGUCAGUUUGAGCUGUCUGGGGCUGACGGCAUGAUCCGUUCCAGUCAGGUGGAGGACGAAUACAAAGUGAAGCCCGAUCAGGCGGUGGACUGCAUCUGGACUAUACGAGCCCCUGCAAGUAACAGGAUUUACCUGCGAUUCUUGGAAUACCAGAUGGAAAACUCAAAUGAAUGUAAGAAGAACUUUGUGGCCGUUUACGAUGGCAGUAACGCCAUCGAGGACCUAAAGGCCAAGUUUUGUAGUACAGUAGCUAACGACGUCAUGCUGGACACCGGUGUGGGAGUUGUGAGGAUGUGGGCGGAUGAGACGAGCCGCCUCAGCCGCUUCCGGAUGCUGUUCACUUCCUUCGCUGACCCGCCCUGUACAAGCAGCACAUUCUUUUGCCACAGUAACAUGUGCAUCAACACUUCUCUGGUGUGCAACGGCAUACAAAACUGCGUCUUUCCUUGGGAUGAAAGCAACUGCAAAGAGAAAAAGAGUAAAAAUAUUUUUCACCAGAUCACAAAGACGCACGGGACAAUCAUCUGUGUCUCCACGGGGGUCGUGCUGCUGCUCCUCAUCGUCUCCAUCCUGGUGCAAGUCAAACAGCCUCGUAAAAAGGUGCUGAUUCGUAAGAACAGUAUGUUCCACCGUGCUGACUUCCAGGAAGUGUUUGACCCUCCACACUAUGAGCUCUUCACUCUCAGAGACAAGGAGAUGUCUGGGGACCUCGGCGAGUUAUCAGAGGAGCUCCAGUCGCUGCAGGCGCUCAGGAGGUCCUCGUCAGGAUCGCGCUGCGUUCACGAACACCACUGUGGCUCCCACCCCUCUGUCAACUGCAUGAAGGCGGGUCAUGGUGCGCACGUCCUGGAGAGGGGAUCCUUGGAGCUCCCCCCUUUCAGAGGGGACUUCCAGAGCGGGUUGCCUCCCUUCAGAGACUUGAACAGCAGUCUGCGGAAGAAGAGCUGGCCCAGCAUGAAACCCGGCAGAAUGCAGGGCCAACACAGUGUGGGCGACAGAGGGCUCGGGCGGCAGGACAGGGUCAUGGAAGAGGACGAGGAAGAGGAUGAGGACGGAAGGUAUGAUGUGUAUGUGCGUAGGGCCGGAAGCCGAAGAGGAAACUUUGAAAUGGCUCAGCAAAGGUCUUUGUCCAUGGACUUCUGAAGAGGAGAGGCGAGGUUCGCACAAUUAAAGCUGGGGAGGGGCAGAAAAGAAGAGGAAUACUGAACAAUUACCAUGAUUUGCCACUCUUCUUUUUUCUACUUAGCUCCUCCUUAGAAGUGGUCCGUUGAAGAUACUCAAGAUACUCAAGCACUGCCAAAUCAGCUUGUAAAUUGUAAACAGCCCAUGGUGGGUUGGUAUCAUAUUCACGAUAAAACCCUACAAAUAAUGACAAAUGAAUAUACUCUGUAUUGUUUAUUUUUCUUGUUAUUCACUGUUGAGGCUGAAUUUGUGUUCUGAGACAUGUUUCAAAAGGAGGUGUGUUUACAUGUUGAGUUACCGGUGGAAACAAUUACCUCUCAGUUUUCAUUUGGUCCAUUAAUAAACGUAUUUAAAACAAAUUUCUGCAGCACUGGUUUAGUAACAGUGUCAUCUUACCUUUGGUUUAGAGUCAGUUUUGACUUUGCAUGUGAUCAGGUGUGUCUCACAGGUAUGCCGGUUGGAACUUUGCUUACAAAACUUAUUUACAAAAUGUGAUGUUGUGUAACAACCGCAGCCACAGACAUGUGCAAAUUUCCCUGUACUCAGCAGUGAGAAAUCAACAAGCUUCAAAUUAGUUGUUUAAUAAAUUAAUGAAUAGCAAAGUGCCAGUAAUGACCUUAAAUCAAAGUUAAGAUUGUAAAAUUCUCUGUAGACUGUAUGAAAACACAACACUUUGAACAUGUUACAUGGCAGCGAUGACGUGCUCGUGUGAAAAUCUAAGAACAGGGAGCAAGAGCGAUGAUAUCCCCUGCACAGGCACAGUGUUACUUGUGUAACCUUGAUUCUGGCACAGGACACAUUUAGAAGGCUCACUGUUGAGUCAGCGAGUCUGAGCGGUGCAUUUAUCAUAUUCAGAAAAUUCACUGGGCAGAUAAUUAAUGGAGCAACUAUGCAGAUGCACAAGCAAAUACAUGCUCAUUCAUUCUUGGUGCUAGCGCAUGGGAGCAGCUCUCACCAGCCGGCCCUGGCAUACACUUGGCAUUUGACCUUUGAGUACACCUUGAAAUACUCAAGAAUAAACAACGGUAAGAUAUUUACUUUGCUUUGCACACAUGACAAGCACAAAAACAACAUCAGUCUCAAUCGUAUGCAAGGGCUCUGUAAACUGGGCUUGUAUAAGUGAUUCAUUAAACUGGUACACAUCAUUGCUUUUAUCAUGUCUGUGAUUAGCCAGGUAAUCUGGGGCAUAUGAGAUAAUGGACUGCUCUGUGGAAAUCGAAAGUAGAUCUGUAGAUCAAGGUGAAGCUGGCUCCAGGGCUUUUUAUCUCACGGCUCAGAGUUUCAGUCGGUGUUAAUCGAUCGACUCAGCUACCAAUGUGUUUGUUAUUCUUUCCCCUGUGAGAUUUAUAUUAAAAAUAAUGAAUAUUGGCUUCGUGACCAACAUGUAAAA